CCGGGGCGAGUUUGCUGAGUCCGGCCAUGUCGAGAAGGCGCUGUGUUCUCCGCUGUGAGGGGAAAUCUCCGCUGUACGCUUUGCCGAAGGCAGAACCACAAAGAAGCCAGUGGCUGAGGUUCGUUUUCCCCUCGGUUCCCUCCACCGUCCCGAACGUCGUGCUGUGCGCCCGGCACUUCACGGAGGACAGCUUCAGGAACCGAGCGCAGUUCAACGCCGGGUUCUCGCAGCUCUUACUCCUGAAAGACGGGGCGCUUCCAACUCUGUGUGGCCCAGCGGGAGAUUCAAGGUCCCAACCUCACAUCACACAUGGACGGCCAACUGAUACUAGCCCCAUCCCUGUGGAUGACAGGGCCGAGACUGCAGCCUGCAGACCCCGUCAACAGAAACGGCAUUGUCCGGCCCCAGUUCCCCUUGGGGACGUGAAUCACAACAAAGACACCAUGGUGUGGCUAUCCAAUGCUACAGCUGCUGGUGAAGCUCAAGAGAAAACUGAAGAAUCAAAAGGACAGGCACGUAUGCAGCAAACACACGGUGAGACAAGCAUGAUGACUGAAAACACCCAAGGAGGCGCGAGAACAACAGUGAGAAAGCAGCAGGAAGAGACUGAAGCCCUUAAAAAGCAAAAACAGCAGGAGUGUUUAACACCUAACAGAAGCUUAUUGAACUGUGGGCGUUUGACACCUGAAGCAGUUCACUACAGCACUGUUCCCAAGUACUUUGAGUACUGCACAGGAUUUUCCUACGACCAGUACAACAACCUCUGCGCCUUUUUUGGACUUCCCAGCAGCGCCCACGCCCCACAGUCUGAGGUGCCGCUUACGUUUCUGAGGUUGACUAAGUCAGUCAAAAGCGUGCCACUGCGUGUGCAGUUCUUACUCGUUCUUAUGAAACUAAGGAACAACUUCGAUGUAAAAGAUUUGGCGUUCAGAUUUCAGAUCGAUCCUCCAAGCGUGAGCAUCAUUUUCCGCUCGUGGAUCCCCUACUUAUAUAACAAGUUAGGUCAGAUACCAAUGUGGCCUCACAGAGACGUAAUCGCUUCCCAGAUGCCCACAGACUACAAAAAGGACUAUCCGACAACGUUUGCGAUCUUGGAUUGCACCGAGAUUAAAAGUUAUUCCGAGCACAAGUCGGCGGGUAAGUGCCUGAUAGCUUGCGACCCCCGCGGGUCCGUGAUGUUUGUGUCAAAUCUGUUCGCUGGGUCUGUGUCCGACAGGGAAGUGUUCAAUCAGUGUGGAAUUACAACACAGCUUAAAAGUCUCGUCAUGUGUGGCUACCUUCAUAAAGGGGACGCACUGAUGGCACAGAAAGGUGUUAAAUGUGGAGGAAUCCUCUCUGCGACCAGCGGAAACAUAUCCAGCCCUAACUUCCCAGGCCUCUACCCGUAUAACGUUGAGUGUUCGUGGCUGAUCGUGGUGUCCGAGGGUUCCUCUGUGCUGCUGACCUUCCAUCACUUCGAGCUGGAGUACCACAUAGACUGCGCCUACGACUACAUCAAGAUCUAUAACGGCAUCUCGGAGGACGAAGGGAACCUGCUGGGGAAGUUCUGUGGAGAUGUUUCUCCUCCACAGUUCAGCUCAUCCUGGAACGUCAUGUCCAUCAUCUUCCACUCUGACCGACAUGUGGCCCACCGAGGCUUCUCUGUGGGCUACAGGAAAGAUAUGUGCGGUGGUGUGCUGACCGGACUCUCCGGAGUUAUCUCCAGUCCAGGCUACCCGCUGGAGUACAGCAACAACGCUGACUGCUCAUGGACAGUGCACGUGUCCAACCGCAGUGUGGUCAGCCUGGUCUUCCUGGACUUCCAGCUGGAGAACAAUGAAGGAUGUAACUUUGACUAUAUUGCCCUCUUUGACGGCCCCACGGUCAAACACCGGCACAUUGGGAAUUACUGUGGAAAUGAGCGGCCUCCAAACACAGUGACCACCUCAAACCAGCUGCUGGUGGUGUUCAAGUCUGAUUUUAACAUCGGAGGCAGAGGAUUCAAAGCCUACUACUACUCAGGGGAGUGCCAGCAGAUUCUUAAAGCGAUCAGCGGGAACUUCACCAGCCCGAACUUUCCAAACAUCUACCCCAACAACAUCAACUGCCACUGGACCAUCGUUCUGGCCGCCGGGUACAGGAUUAAGCUCUUUUUCCCCGUGAUGGAGUUGGAGGAUCAGAACAGCCUGACGGACAGCUGUGACUUUGACUCCGUGGCUGUGUACGACGGGGGCACUGAGGCUGACCCUCUGCUCGGACGCUGGUGUGGGACAGAACAGCCUCCGUCCUUAACGUCGAAAACAAACAAGCUGCUGGUCGUCCUCAACACUGACCGCAACUCUGCUUUUAAAGGCUUUACUGCUUCCUAUACAGGAGUGGUGCCAGUCAAUGUAAGCUGCACCAGGACAGAGUUUCAGAUUCAGAUUUCCCUGCAGUCUUUGCCCCAGCUGGACCGUGAGAGUGUGUAUUUGGGAAAUCCGUCCUGUUCAGCCCAGCUGACCGCAACCACCUACAAGAUACUGGCUCGAUUCGUCAACUGUGGAACUGCUGGACAGAAACGGCGCAACAUCACGAUGCUGGUGAACACUCUCUACAUCGACUUCUCUGACGGGAAACAGCAGAACGUUCAGGAAUAUGAGGUUCAGUGUGACGCCCAAAGAAAAGUGGCCAUGGUCAGUAUCAUCUCAGUGGAGGAGCGCGUGCGGAUGAACGAGCUCGCUCGACUUGCUGAGGUGUCCAGCAGCCAGGGAGCGGGAGAGAACUCAGAAACGGAGCCGCAUGAGACCAGCGACAUUGUCUUCAUCAGUGUGUGCGUGCUGGCUGUUAUCCUCAUGCUGAUUGCCAUUGUGUGGCUGGUUCUUCUGUAGAGACUCAACAUUUGAAGGGGAAUUCCAGCAACAUUGCA